AUGUCACGCGUCUCGCAGAAACGCAACUAUGAAAGCUCGUCACCGCAAGCAGAAUCUGGGUUUGGGGAGUACAGCAAACCCCUAAGCCAUCAGGAUCUCAAGUACUUGGACGACGCCGGCGUUCCCCAGCGUGGGUUCCUCAGCGGACGCGUCGUUGGCACCAGCUUCACCCAUGGCAUGUUUUGCGUUGAACUGGAGAUGCAAGACAGGCACAUUCUAGCUCUGCGCUUCGAGGGCCACUUCGCACUGCGCAUUCAACAAGUCGCCGAGUUUGGCUCGAACAUCCGGGUCUCGACGCGUGGCGCCGUCGUCGACCCCGGUCGCAUGACGACUUUGCGUUACAGCUCCGGCGCGCAUGUUUCCAUAGAGACAGUGCUCAAUGCUUGGGCGGGCCAAGGUACUGCCGAACAGCGACAGAACAAGCGAGUCAGAUACUCGCAGAACUCCGCACCUCGCCAGCUUACCUCCAUGAGCGAUGAUACGUGGCUCAAUACCCAGCAAUCGGCCGUGGACGUCUUCGUGGCGGAGCCCAACGAUAUCACCUAUUCGCGAGCGCGAUUCUCUCCGACAGAACUCCCCACUCCCCGCACCAGUUCGCCUAUGGAGACCAUGGAUGCACUGCGAAGCUCUUUUCCAACGAGUGACAAUCGUCGGCUACAUGGCGCUCUCCUUGCCGCGCGGUCGCUCAUACCAGACGAUGAGGACAGUCCGAUGGAUGACGACGUCUCAUACGCACAGGACCGGGAGAGUCCCACUCCUGCUGAGAGCUCUCGAACCAUUAAGAACAGGGAGAAGGCGCUGGGAAAGAGGAAGAAGCGAGAAGAGAAACGUCGCAAGUCGGAGAUCGGAGCGCAAUCCACUCAGCGGUCGACGACAGCGGAUGAGCUAUCCUCCUCCUCGCAAGAUCGAGAGGAGGUCGAGAAUAUACUAGCGCCAUCUACGUCAUCGGACGCAGGAGGUGAGGCACCCGUAUCUGAGUCUCUACUGGAUACAUUCCGUCCUGAAGUUGUCAUGGGCUUCAUGACAAACUUCACUCCCAUUGAAGAACUUUUCGUCAACCAGAAAGAGUCCUUCAUCGGCGUGGUACACCAUGUUGGAGAACUUGAACAAUCAAUGCGCAAUCGGCGAGAUUGGUACCGGAAGGUGACACUCAUCGACCCUUCCAAUUUCGACAGAUGUGGUGGAGUACUCUACGACGAAUCUAGGCCGGUCGGGCUCAGCGUCACUAUGUUCAACAAGUACAUCCCUUGGAUCCCUAAGGCAGCGCCUGGGGACAUCCUACUCGUCAACAACGCCAAAGUCGUGCGACUCAACGGCGACUCGAAGCUCUCUGCCACAGCCUACAGCGAUCAGUUCAAGUGGGCGCUCUUCGGACGCCAGUCACGCUCGUUUUGCGAGAUCGACCUUGACGACGCCCCCAAGAGUCACAUUGUCAAAGACAACCACGUGGAAACGGAGUAUACACCGUUUCUCGUUGUCGCCGAGGAAGAACGAGCCCAUUGCGAGAAGCUUGCCGCGUGGUGGGAUGAGGUACAACAGCGGAGAGCGGAGAAGCGGGGCGUAGUGCAGCACAUUGGCGACGAUCCAGUACCGCUCUCGACCCCAGGACCUUCGUCCAGACCUCCCAAGCGAAAGCAUCAGCUCAUCAAGGACGUUGACUACAGGAUUAUGCCAUACUUUGAUUGCACGGUAGAGAUUGUCUAUGUUGCCCAGAGUAACGACAUGACUCUUGUCUAUGCCACGGACUACACCGCGAACACCACAGGUCUCGGGCUACGACCGGUGCGGACAGAGUGGUGCCCGGCAAACCUGGCGACAUCAGCGUUGCAAAUCGAGUUCUACGGUUCGGAAGCAGCCAACUUCGUCCGGGAGCAGCAGUUGGAUAAGGGCCAGCUCUGGACGUUCUGCAACGUGCGGAUGAAACCGGGAAGAGGCGAUCAAUACCUCGAGGCGAACUUUUCGGAGACGCGGAAGGCAUACAGGCUCGAAGAGGAAGAGAAGAACAAGAACUCUUUCCUCGCUGACCUGCUGAUACGUAAGAAGGAAUUUGAGGAGAGCAACAACAGCCCGCAUGAGUUCGAACAUCAGACAAUCGGGGAGGCUGAGGUUGGAUCGGUGGCCUCUUUGUUCACUUGUACCGUUGAGGUUCUUAGCGUGUCGAAGAGCACUAUUGAGGGCGCUCCAGCGAAGAUCUACGUCACCGACUAUACGUCGCGUGCAGACCUCAAGGCUCCGCUAUCCCCGGAACUGCGGGAGAAGCACAAAGACGCUGUCCUGAUGGUCCAGCUGGAUGAAGGCCAAGCUGAACGCGCGGAUAAGCUGAGCCCAGGCAAUAUCAUCCGGAUACAGAAUCUGCGCGCGAAGAUAGGACUGGACGGCAAGGUCAGCGCUAGGAUCGGUGGCGGCGACAAUCUUAUCCGUAAGCUGGAUGCGUCGUCUGACGAUCUUCACGUCAUCGCACUAUUGGAGCGGAAGGCUUUGAGCGGCGCAGGAGCGCCUGAACCACCACCCAGACCCAUCGGCAAGCCCGUGAACGUCAAGGUCCCUCCAUCCUUCGCCCGUUCACGGCCUGCUCCGGAUGCUUCGACCAGGAACGCCUUCGUCAUCGGUCAGAUUUUGGACGACGCGUCCGAGGAAGAUAAGAUGUUCCAGAUGAAGGCGCGCGUCGCGGACUAUGAGCCGAAAGACCUCGCCGAGUGUAUCGUCCGCGCGUGCACUGUCUGCAGCGAACCCGUGGAAGCUGAUGACCCUCAGUGUCCCGUAUGCAGUGCCGGGGCGGAGAAUCUGAAGUAUCGGUUUGGUGUUACCCUCACGCUUGUGGACGCCCCGCGACCUUUUGGGGAUACCGCUCUCGACGUAUUUGCUACGGGCGACUGGGCUGCAUUGUCCGACCUCGACCCGGAGACCCUCGUGCUCUCCGGAGAUGGCGCCGAGAUGAUAUCGGCGCGGCUACGCAAGUACAUCUGGCACAUUGAGAACGAUGGAAAGAAGAGACCUGGGUCCGAAUUUGAGUUCACGAUUGAACGCAGACGGGAUGCGGACGGUGAAGUCCAAUACUUUCUCAUCACGGGUUGA